AUGGUUCAAGGAAACGGAAGGAACGAUGGCGGAAGCUCCAGCCGUGAAUAUGGCAUGAACUUUGAGGUUGCGCCUCCUACAACAGUUCCCCUUGGCGUACCAGUGACGCUACCAGUAAUUGUGGGGGUCCGACCUGUGGGUAACCCACGAGGAGUGCAACAAUUGGUUGCGCAUGCCUCGCUGAGGAAUGAAGCAGGCACCGCUCCAGCUUCAGGACUCACAGGCGUACUUACAUCUAGCGUGCGCAGUCGCAAUGGCAACGGCACCAGCGGAUACGCUCGAUUUGGGCCUCUCAAAUUCACACAGCCUGGUCGCUAUCGGAUGCGGGUUAUGCUAGGAGCGGCCUCUUUCAACGGCGUCACCACGAAAGAAUAUGUUGAAUCGGGUAUUAUUCAAGUACAGGCAGGCGCUGCUACACCACGUCCGAGUAAGUCCCAUCGUUACUGUAGUAUCUCACAGCUAACCCAUUUCCAGCACCCACUCAGGUCUCAAAGCUACAGACCCUAA